AUGUCGUCCUCCUCCCACCUCCCAAAGGCCACGGCUACUCCUCAAGGUGGUAUCCUCGAGGGGUCAAAUCCGACGGUGUACGACAAGAAGAAUCCAAUCAUCCUGUUCAUUAUCCAAGCAGGAAUCAUUAUUAUCUUCUGCCGACUCCUCCACUAUCCUCUCUCCAAAGUCCGCCAGCCUCGAGUUAUUGCCGAAGUUAUCGGAGGGAUUUUACUGGGACCUUCAGUCAUGAUGCGAAUCUCUGGCUUCAAAGAGACUAUUUUCCCUGACGAUUCUAUGCCGGUUUUAAAUAAUGUCGCAAACCUCGGCUUGAUCCUGUUCCUCUUCUUGGUGGGGCUAGAAGUCAAUAUGAAGAUGUUCUUAUCGAAUUGGCGCGUAGCUCUGAGCGUAGGGUUUGCAGGAAUGGUUUUGCCUUUCGGAUUGGGAUGUGCGAUUGCUUGGGGCCUAUACAACGAGUUCCAUCAUGAACCCGGGCUUGUACCGAUAUCGUUUGGGAUCUACAUGUUGUUUAUUGGGACCGCUCUUUCCAUCACAGCCUUCCCAGUGCUGUGCCGAAUUCUCACAGAGCUCAAUCUUCUUGGCACACCUGUCGGAGUUACGGUCCUGGCUGCGGGUGUAGGAAAUGAUGUUAUAGGAUGGAUUCUUCUGGCACUCUGUGUUGCAUUGGUCAAUAACGGAUCUGGUAUUACGGCGCUUUAUGUCCUCCUUACUGCUAUUGCUUGGAUUCUGUUCUUGGUUUACGCGGUCCGUCCGCCGUUUUGGUGGAUUCUCAAACGGUCUGGAAGUUUUCAAAAUGGACCUUCACAAGGAAUGGUAACUCUGACCUUGCUAAUUGCUCUUACGUCUUCUUGGUUCACUGGAAUCAUUGGUAUUCACCCUAUCUUUGGAGCUUUUCUUGCUGGGCUCAUCUGUCCUCAUGAAGGAGGUUUUGCUAUCAAACUUACAGAAAAGAUUGAAGAUCUGGUUUCCGUCUUGUUUCUUCCUCUAUACUUUGCCCUUUCUGGAUUGAGCACAAAUCUUGGUUUACUGGACGACGGCAUCACUUGGGCUUAUGUUAUUGGUGUUAUUGCAAUUGCAUUUUCAGCAAAAAUCAUCGGAGGUACAUUAGCUGCCAGGGCGAAUAAGCUUGUCUGGCGAGAGAGUUUCGCAAUUGGCGUUUUGAUGAGUUGUAAGGGUUUGGUAGAACUCAUUGUUUUGAACAUCGGCCUACAAGCCAAAAUUCUAUCGACAAGAACCUUUACUAUUUUCGUGGUCAUGGCGUUGGUAACUACAGUCUCUACGACACCGCUCACGCUCUCUCUUUAUCCUCUUUGGUAUCAGAAAAAAUUGGAGUCUUGGAAGAGAGGCGAGAUUGACUGGGAUGGUAAUCCCCUGUUCACUGAACAUGAUGGCGGAGACUCUCAAGACCGUCCCAUUGAGAAGCUUAACAGCACUCAGGUUCGUCGACUGCUGGUCUACCUUCGAUUAGACAGUCUUCCGAGUCUGUUCACAUUCAUAUCGCUCCUCGGUGGUGAUAAGACAUCAAUUGCCACCAAAGUACAUAGAGCCAAGUCCGAGCUUGAAUCGGUCCCCGAAGGCGAAAGUUCUCAAACAGAUUCCACUUUUGAUGUUGCGCCAAAAACUCCUCUCGAAGUUCAUGGCGUACGUAUUCUAGAACUGACAGAGCGUACCUCGUCCGUUAUGAAAGUUUCGGAACAAGAUGAGUACACUUACCGCGAUCCAGUUGUCAACGCAUUCCGGACUUUCGCCCAGCUCAACAAUGUCGCUGUCUCAGGGGAUGUUUCCAUUGUACCAGAAGAUUCCUAUGCGGAGACUUUAGCAUCUCAGGCUGCAGAUCAUCUGUCCGAUCUUGUUCUUAUUCCAUGGAGCGAACCAAGCCCUGCUGAUGAACUCAACCAUCACGAAUCGCUAUCUAGUGGAUUGCAAGAUGUUUUUAUCCAAAAGGUUCUGGAGACUGCUACUUGCAAUACGGCUGUAUUUUACAAUCGCGGCUUCGGUGGCCCUGUUGCCCACGAACGAACAGCCCUAGCUCGCACCGCCAGUGGCCUCAGUCUUAGAAGUCAUCGCGAAGCGCCCACUCCACCAGUAGCCGACCGAAGCCACCAUGUCUACUUCCCCUUCUUUGGUGGAGCCGAUGAUCGCGUAGCCCUUCGAUUUGUACUGCAACUCGCGCAGAAUAGCAAUAUCACAGCAACAAUCAUUCACUUCAACAUGCCGAUUCAGUCUGAUGCCAGAUCCCCUGUGGUUUCUGGUUCCCCUAUCAAUGCUAGCGCCUCUCGAGCAAGCUCUUCAAAGCUCGAUAUCACGGAGCGAGUAGAUACCGAGUUCAUGUACGCGACAGCUGCUCAAGACGCUACGCUCGUACAUACACUACGAGACUCCUUACCCACAGCUCUCGCCAACCGCGUCAUCUUUGUCGACGUGGCAACUACAAUACCCAUCGUAGACUGCCUUAGCCACGCACGACAAGAAAUCGCACAAUCGCCAAAGAACGCAGGGGAUUUGAUAGUUGUAGGCAGAGGACGACAUAAUCGCCUGGUUGAUGAUUAUUCGAGCAGUACUCCUAAUCAUGAUAUGAGGAAAACUUUGGGUGUAAUUGGCGAAUCUAUCAUUUCCGGUGGCAUUAGAGGUAGUGUUUUGGUUAUACAGGCCGGUGGGAGAGGUCUAGGACUGUAG